AUUAGGAUAACAUGCUUCAGUUUUUAUUUCUUCAACAGGACCAUUUAGAAAGACACAAACUUGGUCACCUUCUAGGUGAUUCUGGAUAUCCACUCAGAAAAUACCUCAUUACGCCAGUAACAACUCCAGCCACUGAGAAGGAAGUACAAUUCAACCAAGCUUAUCCAGUUGGCCGCAUGGUGGUUGAACGAGCAUUUGGAAUGCUGAAAUCUAGAUUCAGAUGUUUGCACAGAACGGAAGGAGUUCUAUACAAAAGUCCUGGAAAGUGUUGCCAAAUUGUAACUGCAUGUACAAGACUGCAUAACUUCUGUUUGGAAAGAAACAUACCAUUACUAUAUAACAAUCGAGUCAUUGUUGACAGACAGGAGGAAGUUCUUGCAAAUACUGCAGAUCUAAAUGCUGUUGCUUACCGACAGCACAUCAUUGAGCGUUUUGGGUAGAAGAUGGAUUUCCUCAUGUGUUUAGGUCAGAGUCACAGACUGUUGUUGCAUGGCAGGAAUAAUGGAGCAUUUGAUAAUUUUAGCUCGACUUAGAAUCCACCCAAUGGCAUGUUUAUUCCUUGCUGGAUCCUAUCUAUAUAUUUGAAACGUUUUUAUGUCUAACAUCUGUAAACAACUGAAUACAACUUUAUAAACUAUACAUUGCUUAAGAAAAAAUAUAUCUCAUCCUGUGAUUGUCGUUGAAUAAAAUCAUUGUCUGGAGUUCAGAUGUGAAGGGAUUAUAUCAACAGCGCAGCCUGAGUGUUAUAAUAAUACGCAUCAGAACUACAAUGAUUUUAUUCAAAAGCAAAUCAGUAAUUAAUGAGAUAUAUUACUUUGAUUCUAACAUGUUCCCAAGGAUUUUUAAGUACAUCCAUCAGAUAUUUGCGUGAUUUUGUUAGUUACUCUUUCAACGCGCCGCUUUGCCAUAAAGACACUAUGACGUAAUAAUUGUGAAGUCAUAACAGUGAUUUCUUGUAAAUAACCCACAACUUUCAGCCUUCUUUGUUUCAUAGGAAAUUGAAUCAAGUUGUGAUGGAAUUAAUCAUAUACAGCUUAAUGCGUUUCUUUGAGCACUAAACUUUAACGCCUAGAUAAACGUACUAUACUGUUUUGGCUAAUAGGAUUGCAUCUGAUAUUUUUUGUUAACAACAGCAUGUAACUUUUGUUACUUGAUAACUGUAUAAAUUGUGUAACCUGUAACUUUUGCCACUUUUUUCAACACCGUUUGGACUGCGACAGCAUAUAAUAUCAUGUAAAUUGUAACUGAAUAUACCUUUAGUGACGUGACAGCUAUAUAAAUUUUGUAAUCUGUAAAUUUUCCCACUUAAUUCAAUUCCGUUUGGACCUUGGUAACAGCUAAUAAUACCAUGUAAAAUUGCAACUAUUUUUACUUAGGAAAUUUCAUUGAUAAUCUCUGCUAACAUCUGAAAACAACUGAUAAGUAUAUAACGUACCUUUUGCUACUUUUUCAAUUCCUUCUGUACUGUGACAACAACAGUGAUAACUAUGUAAAUUGCAACUAUUUUGCCAGCUGAAGUUCUUGAUGCCUUUGUAAAUAACUGAAAAUAUCUUAAGUUGCUUUGUGAUAACUAUGCAACUUGAGUAAAGUAGCUUUUGCAACUGUUUUUUUUUCAGUCCCUUCUGUACUGUGACAACAUUUAUUUCUACUUAAAUUGUAUCUUAUUUUUACAAGAUUUUUUUAUUAGUAUCUCUGUUUAUCUCUGUUAAUAACUGAAAAUAACUUAUGUGGCUUGAUAACUGUGCCACUUUCUCAAUCUCGUCUGUACCAUGACAACAACAAUUACUAUGUAAAUUGUAAUUAUCUUUGCUAGCUAAAAUUCUUAGUGCCUACGACAACUGAAAAUACCGUAAGUUAAGUUUCUUUAUAACUAUGUAACUUGUAAACGUCAACAAAAUUGAUUGACAUUUUUGAAAAUUUUUGUAACCAUCUCCUUUUUAGCUCUACUUUUUUUACGAAAAGUCAACAGGUCUUGUUUUUAAUUCCAUUGUUUUUGGUUCCAUUGUACUCUUCCUGGAGUCAUCGUCGCCAUUCAGUUGAUUAAAGUUUUUGAUAAAGUCAAAUAUCUCUGUUACUAUCAAAGCUAUUGACUUGAAACUUAAAAUAGUUAUUUACUAUCAAAGUCUACACCAGGAGAAACAAUCCCCAUAACUCUGAUUUGAAUUUUGACAGAAUUAUGCCCCUUUUAAACUUAGAAUUUUUGGUUAAAGUAUUGAUUAAGUCAAAUAUCUCUGUUACUAUCGAAGCUUUUUACUUGAAACUUUAAAUAGUUAUUUAGUAUUAAAGUCUUCACCAGGAGAAACAAUCCCCAUAACUUUGGUUUGAAUUUUGACAGAAUUCUGCCCCUUUUUAACUUAGAAUUUUUAGUUAAAGUUUUUGAUAAAGUCAAAUAUCUCUGUUCCUAUCAAAGCUAUUGACUUGAAUCUUAAAAUACUUAUUUACCAUCAAAGUCUACACCAGGAGAAACAAUCGCAAUAACUCUGAUUGAAUUUUGACAGAAUUAUGCCCCUUUUUAACUUAGAAUUUUUUGUUAACAUUU